AUGUCCAGCAAAGUAAGACAAAACUUUCAUCAGGACUCUGAGGCCGGUAUUAACAAACAGAUUAAUCUGGAACUACACGCCAGCUAUGUAUACGAACAACUGGCCUGGUAUUUCAACCGGGAUGACGUAGCGCUUCAAGGUUUUAGCGACUUUUUCAAGGGAAGGGCUGAUGAGGAGAGAGGUCACGCCAGGAAGUUCAUGGAGUACCAGAAUAAACGGGGCGGUCGUAUCGUAUUGCAGGACAUCACCAAACCGGCCAAACAGGACGGGUGCUAUGUAUACGAACAACUGGCCUGGUAUUUCAAUCGCGAUGACGUAGCCCUUCAAGGCUUCAGCGACUUCUUUAAGGGAAGGGCUGAUGAGGAGAGGGGUCACGCGAGGAAGUUCAUGGACUACCAGAACAAACGGGGCGGUCGUAUCGUAUUGCAGGACAUCACCAAACCGGCCAAACAGGACGGGUGGACACCGUUGGAGGCCAUCGAAGCCUCCCUACAGUUGGAGCGCACCGUCAAUCAGGCGCUUCUGGACCUCCAGGGCGUCGGCAACCGGACUAACGAUCCGGAGUUCACGGACUUCAUUGAAAGUGAGUUCCUUCACGAACAGGUGGACGACAUCAAGAAACUGGGCGAUCACGUGACUAACUUGAAACGGGUGGGCACUGGUCUCGGGGAGUACCUCUUUGACAAAAACACCCUGAACUAA